CCUUUAGAACCGAGCAGUGGCUGCGGCGGCCUGGGCUUCUCUAGCGGUGGGGUCGUGGACUUCGGUCACCUGGGUGUCCACCUUAACCGCGGGCGCAGCCCCCUCCUGCACCCAUCUGCCCCCACCAGCCCUCCCUUUUGCCGGGCCGCUCUGGGCUAAAGGGAGAGCGGCGAUGUCUCUGAGAACUGUGGUAUGCGUGAGAGGCAGGGGCGGCGCAGAGACUGCUCGCCUUCGGGGUCGCGGGGCCCCCGAUCCCGCCCCUCACCCCAGCUCCUGCCUGGAUCCCGCCCUAGCUUCGUUUGACCUCAGCCCCUUUAUAAUCUUCCUGGAGCACCUUUAUAAUCCGCUCCCCCCCUUCUUUCCAUUGGUGUACCGCCCCUGCGCGGGAAGGAAGGGGGGAGGGGUAUUGUUAAACGCGGCUUGAGUACUCUCGGCAUCCGUAGCUCGGGACUGUGGGAUGCCGGUCCCGAGCGUGGCGGCUAUUCUGGGGCUACCUUGGGCCUCGAGGCGGGCUGGGCCCCCCUGAACCCCGCGCGCGCUGACCACCCCGCGAGCCCGAGGGCGGAGCCGGAGCCGGAGCCGCCGCCGCCAUGGCCGACUACUGGAAAUCACAACCAAAGAAAUUCUGUGAUUAUUGCAAGUGCUGGAUAGCAGACAAUAGGCCUAGUGUUGAAUUUCACGAACGGGGAAAGAACCACAAGGAAAAUGUGGCCAAAAGAAUCAGUGAGAUUAAACAGAAAAGCCUCGAAAAGGCAAAAGAGGAAGAAAAAACAUCAAAGGAGUUUGCAGCAAUGGAGGCAGCUGCCCUUAAAGCAUACCAAGAGGAUUUGAAAAGGCUUGGAAUCAGUUCAGAUGAUACAGAAUCUAGCACACCACAAGUAACCAGCACUGCUCCACCUGUCUCGGUAUCAAAUCAGAAGAAGGAAAGGAAAAAGAGGAAAAAAGACCUUUCCAAUAUAGAUUCAGUAGGAGCUUCCAAAUGGGUAGAAGGCGUGUCUUCAGAGGGUUACCAAUACUAUUAUAAUACCAUCACAGGAGAAUCUCAGUGGGAGAAACCUGAAGGAUUCCAAGGAAAAUUUAGUAAGAAAGCAGCAAUGCCUCUUUGGGUAGAAGGUUUAAGUGAAGAUGGUUACACCUAUUAUUAUAAUACAGAAACAGGUGAAUCUAAAUGGGAGAAGCCUGAGGAUUUUGUUCCACAAGUUGGAGAUCCCCUUUCUAGUAAUAGUACUGAAGCGCUUGAUGCCCCAGCCGAAUCGAAGUCAUCUGAUUCAGAUAGUGAUUCCAGUGAAAUAGAAGAAACGGAAGAGGAAGAGGAGGAAAAGUCAGAGACCUCUACAGACAUUCAAAAGCCAAAAAUAAAAUUUAGGAAAAGAACUAAAAAGGAUCAUGCUGAAGAAACUGAACCUGAAUCAAAGAAGGAAAAAAGUGAUGGUGAUCAGGAACAAGACUCGUCACAUCCAUUAGAAGAAAAACCCAGAUCUCCUAAAAAGCCAAACCCUUAUGGGGAAUGGGAAGUAAUUAAACAAGAGGAUAAUCCCUAUGAGAAGAUAGAUUUGGAACUUCCAACUACAGAGGAUGAAUAUGUAGGAGCUCCAGUUGCUGAUUUGAGUGGGGAUCCAAAAGUAACAUUUAAAGAAAAAACAGUCACUUCUCUCGGAGAUGUGGCAGAAGGAGUAGCUACAGUCUUCAAAAAGAGAAGGUUUGAUAAUGGAAAAUCUAGAAAUUUAAGGCAAAGAGGAGGUGAUCAAUAAUUUUAAUUUAAUAAGAAAAAGCAGUAUCUGACCUCUUUUGGACCUAUUUGGACAAGAAGAGCCUCUAACUUUGUAAGCUAUUUUUUUGUUUUUCAUGGUUUGAAUACUAAGAAUGUAGACUUAUGUCUAAGUUGUACUAGAUAUAAAUUGUAAUAAAUAUAUUUUUUAUUUUUAUGUGAAUUCUAUUUUUGUUCUUAAAAUGGGAGUCCUCUAUGUUGCAUUGUUUAUGCAGUGUGUUCAUUAUCUUAAAUUUCUUAAUUAUGUCGUAUUUCAAGAUGCUAUGUAUCUGAUAUUUAUAUGUAAAAAGCAAAUGGGCUACUCAGUUCUCAUAUAUAUGAGCAUACCUAUUAUUUUGUCUGAAAAUACUUCUUUCUUGCACAUUAAUAAUUGACUGUUAACUAAGAAAUAGUAGGAAUUCUAUGAUCUAAGUGCUUCAGGUCCCAGGGAAAAUAAUUCUGAAUAUGCUUUCAGCAGGCUGAUACAGAAAAAUAGUUACAUCACUUGACUUAACCAAAUAUAAGGGCCAAGAACUAAGUUUGUAUCUGAUUAUCUCAUUCCCACAUCAGGAGUAUUUACUUAGUGUGGAUUGAAGGUCAGAAGAUGAAAUGAAAAAAUCUGUCCUUCACAACCAUUCCUUUCUUGGUGUCUAAUGAUGAUCUAAUGAACAUUCUGGAUACUGAUCUUGUAUGAACCAGAAUAUGGUAAAAAUAGGAGACUCUAGAAAGGGCACCUCUUAUGGGUUUUAAUUCCUACAUAGGGCAUCAUCCCAAAAGUCUUGGUGCAGUUUUAAGUUUCACUAGCUUAAUGUCAGUAGCUCUCUAUAGCUUAAAAGCGCAGCCUCUAUUUUCAUACAAUGAUUUUAAAUAAGACACUUUUAGAAGGUAACCAUUGGCUUUCAGGAAAAGCUCAGUAUUGGGUUAAAUAAAUGGGAAAUUUCUUUUUUUUUCUGGUUAAUUUUUGUAACUAGUGAAAUUUUCCCAUUUAAAGCUUUGUGGAGUGGGUUCUCUUCACCCUCUAAGAAAACCUUUAAAGUUAUAUUUUCAGUGGAUUCUACAGUAUUUAAUUUCCUAUAAUGAAUUUUUUUCUUUCAUAUUGACAGCAUGUGUGUGGAUUAAACACUAGCUUGUUUUAAAAACUUUUUUUAAAGCAUGAAUAAAGUACUAAUUUUGUCUUUUUAUGUAAAUCUUAUUCAAAGCACUCUUGAUGACUAGGGUUUGGGAAUUUUUUCUUUUGGUUGACAUUUUUAUGGUUUCAAUUGUGGUAUUUUGCAAACCUCAAGAAGCACUUUAGAGCUUUCCAUAGCCUGCCUCUCAUGGCAAGGUAAUCCAUUUUGGUCUUUGCCUCUUCACCCAAUUGGACCAAUAACAGACUUAGACUACAGUAGCAUUCUAUUUAUAUUGUCUGGUGACAUCUGAGUAGAUCUCUGAAAGGUCUUUGUCAGUUAUGAUCAGUAUGAUAGUUGUUGCAACUGCAAAUAAUCAUCUGCAUGCCAUUUCCCUAUGCUUAGACAUAAAAAUACUAAAAUUUUAAUUUAAUAUCUUUAGUAUUUGAAGCCCUUAACUUUUGGGGGGGGGGGGCAGGGCAAUGAGGGUUAAGUGACUUGCCCAGGGUCACACAGCUAGUAAGUGUCAAGUGUCUGAAGCCGGAUUUGAACCCAGGUACUCCUGAAUCCAGGGCCGGUGCUUUACCACUGUGCCAUCUAGCUGCCUCCAGCCCUUAACUUUUUUAAAUUGUAAGAUGUGUUUCAGAAGUAUAUGAUCGGGGCAACUAGGUGGAGCAGUGGAUAGAGCACUGGCCCUGGAGUCAGGCGUACCUGGGUUCAAAUCCAGCUUCAGACACUUGACACUUACUAGCCAUGUGACCCUGGGCAAGUCACUUAACCCCAAUUGCCUCACCAAAAAAAAAGUAUAUGAUCUAUGCCUUUUAAAAUAAAUUAUUCUGAAGGUUAAUGUGGUAAAGCUCUUGCCCUAAGGAAAACUUGAAACUUGACAUUAAGGCACACACUGGCAUAUCGUUUUCAGAAUUACACAUUACUUUAGUCAAUCAGGUAUUCCAAAUUAACUGUUGGUAUUAAAUGAAUACUAGAAAUACUAGAAAGCUCCAAUUUGUAUUCAUCUUUAUUUGGAUAUUUUAAACAUAUACCAAGUGGCUACCAAUUUAAGGACCGUGAAGUUUCACUUCAUUCUCUUUUGUUUUCAAAGUUAUGUAUUUUAGUUGUCAGUUAUCUGCUCUUAGGGUUGCGUUUUGAAGUCAGCUAAGUGACACAGUGAAUGCAUUGCUGGACUUGGAAUAUGAAAGACCUAAGGUUGAAUCCUCCCUCAGACAUGAGCUAGCUGUAUUUUGGACAAGUCACUAUAUUAUGACAGCUUCUAUCUCCUCAUCUAUGAAGUGAAGAUGAGAACACAGCACCUACCUCACAGGGUUGUUAUGACACUCAAGUAGGAUAAUAGAGGUUUUAUAAAUCUUAAAACACCAUGUGACUGUUAGCUAUUGUUUUUUUCCUUAUAAUUUAAAAAAUUCCAUCAAAUCUAAAUCCGUAACUCCUAACUCUUUUACCCAUAAUUGAAAUAGCUUCAUUACAAAAAAAAAAA